ACGCGGGUGGAGCGCGGGGAGCCCGAGCAGCCCGAGGCGGCGGCCUCACUGCCACCCGCCCGGUCACCCGCCCGGCCGCCGACGAGGGGACAGGGAGCGCGGCCGGCCUGCGCCCCCUGGGGUGCGGCCGGGGCCACCCGAGAGCCCUGACCCGCGGCCUCCCCCGCGGCCGCCCCUAAGUUGACCGCGCGAAACUUUUCCCGGCGCGUCUGGGCGCCGCCCCCUCGCCGAGACCCGCAGCCGGUGGGGAGUGAAGGGGGGGGAGAGGCCCGCGGCUCCCCCCCCCCCCGCCGCCUCCCGUCGGGGCGCAGCCGGGCGCGGCGGCGGGGCCGGGGCCCCGGGCGAUGGCCGCGGAGCUGGCGAUGGGCGCCGAGCUGCCCAGCAGCCCGCUAGCCAUCGAAUACGUCAACGACUUCGACCUGAUGAAGUUCGAGGUGAAGAAGGAACCGCCCGAGGCCGAGCGCUUCUGCCACCGCCUGCCGCCCGGCUCGCUGUCCUCGACGCCGCUCAGCACGCCCUGCUCUUCUGUUCCCUCCUCGCCCAGCUUCUGCGCGCCCAGCCCGGGCACCGGCGGCGGCGGCGCGGGGGGCGGCGGCGGCGGCGCGGCGCAGGCCGGGGCCACCCCGGGGCCGACGAGCGGGGGCCCGGGCGCCGUCGGGGGCGCCUCGGGGAAGCCGGCGCUGGAGGAUCUGUACUGGAUGAGCGGCUACCAGCACCACCUCAACCCCGAGGCGCUCAACCUGACGCCCGAGGACGCGGUGGAGGCGCUCAUCGGCAGCGGCCACCACGCCGGGCACCACGGCGCGCACCACCCGGCGGCCGCGGCGGCGUACGAAGCUUUCCGGAGCCAGGGCUUCGGGGGCGGCGGCGGCGCGGACGACAUGGGCGCCGGCCACCAUCACGGCGCGCACCACGCUGCCCACCACCACCACGCCGCCCACCACCACCACCACCACCACCACCACGCCGGCGCGGCCCACCACGCCGGCGCGGGCCACGGCGGCGGCGGCGCGGGCCACCACGUGCGCCUGGAGGAGCGCUUCUCCGACGACCAGCUGGUGUCCAUGUCGGUGCGCGAGCUGAACCGGCAGCUCCGCGGCUUCAGUAAGGAGGAGGUCAUCCGGCUGAAGCAGAAGCGGCGCACGCUCAAAAACCGCGGCUACGCGCAGUCGUGCCGCUUCAAGCGGGUGCAGCAGCGGCACAUUCUGGAAAGCGAGAAGUGCCAGCUCCAGAGCCAGGUGGAGCAGCUGAAGCUGGAGGUGGGGCGCCUGGCCAAGGAGCGGGACCUGUACAAGGAGAAAUACGAGAAGCUGGCGGGCCGGGGUGGCCCCGGGGGCGCGGGCGGGGCCGGCUUCCCGCGGGAGUCCUCGCCGCCGCAGGCCGGGCCCGGCGGGGCCAAGGGCGCACCCGACUUCUUCCUGUGAGCGCCCGCCCCGAGCGUGCGCUGCCGCCGGGCAGACGCUUGGACUCCGCGGGCGGGCGGGCCCCGCGCGCCCCGCCGCAAGGUCCGCAGGCGCCGGACUGGAGGCCCCUGCCCACCGCGCGGCCGGCCGCGGCGCCCCGCGCCUUCCUGGCUCGCCGUCCGGACGUGGCCGCGACUCCUCUGCGCACGGAGCGCGGGGGUUCCCGGGAAAGUUGAGCCGGAGCGAACUUCCUCCCCGGAGUCUGCCUGUACAUAUGCCCAGCGGGGUCCUCCGCUCCGACGCCGCCCGCCCGCCUCUCCCUGGUCCGUCGUCCUUCUCGCGGCCUCCCCUUCCUUGCCCGUUUUUACUACUCCUUUUUAAAGCGACCUUAUUUUCGAAGUAUUUCUAUUUAUUUUGCUCGGUGAUUAGGAAAGAAAACCCCGGAGGAAGCUCCCUCGUUCCCGGCCGGGGUCCACCCUCGGACGUCCGCGUGUCCCAGCAUGUGUCGCUCGCUCGGAGGGGUCCGGUCCCUGCCUGCCCUCCUGCCCGCCUGCCCCCCACCCUGCCACCGGCGUCCCCUAGAGAUUGAAGCCAAGGAAUAUUAUCUAUGCUGUGUUCGGUCCUGCUGCCCUACUAUACUCACGGGGGGAGGGGGGUUGGGGGGGUCGCCGCGCUCUGCGGGUGGGGGCUGACCCGGACUCCCCUGCUGCUAUUUCUCUAUGCACCAGAUCGUAUUUAUGACUCCCGGGGAAAUAUAUCUUAUUUUAAUCUUCAAGAGAAGUGGAAGAAAAAAAAAAGUAAUGCACAGUAUUUCUAGCAAAAAAAAAAAAUUUUUUUUUUUUUUUUUUAAGAGGAGGUUUCAAUCUGAACCUCCUGGCAUGGGGGCGAGUGAAGAAAGUGUUUUUAUUUUCAUUUAAAUUGUUUCGUUUUGUUUGUGGAAUUUUUUUUUUUUUUUUUUUUUUUUUUUAAAGCCCAGUGGCUUUUUGGACUAGCCAGUGGGGAGAAGGUAGCGCAGCCCCUGGCCAGCCGAUCCCUGCAGGACGGCCAGGCCCCUGGCCUCCAGUGGGUCCUAUGCUCUUUCCAGGCCUGCUCCUGCCCGGCCCUCUGAGCAGGAGAUGCUCUAAGUCGUUGAAAGUUUUCUUGUGUUGUUGGGUUUUGUUGGAUAAUUUUUUCAUUUGCUAUGAAGCCGGAAAAAAGGGGGGAAAAAAAACACAAAAUAAAUCCG